AUGUCGAAAAGACCAGCAGAGCUCCCCUUGGAGCGAGACUUCUCUGAGUCGCCCGCAUCCAAAAAAGCGCGUGUCGAGGACGCCAGCGCGGACAGCCUCCCCAAUGGCGCAGAGGUCGGCGUUCAAGGAGCUACUGAAUCAGAAGCAGAAGAGCUUGGAGAGGUCGAAAAGGAUCCCUCAGAGGCUCUAGAUAUUGACGAGAAUGUGUCUGCACUUAGCGCGCCAAAGCGCCAAAGCGCCCCGAUCGAAGGAUACGGUGACCUGUACCUCGACACGAUCAACCGUCAGAUUUUGGACUUCGAUUUCGAGAAACUAUGCUCCGUCAGUUUGUCAAACAUCAACGUCUACGCAUGUCUCGUCUGCGGCAAAUAUUUCCAAGGUCGAGGUCCCAAAUCGCAUGCGUACUAUCACGCGCUUGAAGUCGGACACCACGUCUUCAUUAACAUCGGCACAAAGAAGGUCUAUGUCUUACCAGAAGGAUACGAGGCACAGAACAAGAGUUUGGACGACAUCAAGUAUGUGGUUGACCCAUACUAUACCAAAAAUGAGGUGGUCAAGCUGGACAAGGAAGUUCACAACGCGUGGGAUCUGUCUGGAUCUAGAUACAGACCAGGCUUUGUCGGUAUGAACAAUAUCAAAGCUAAUGACUACGUGAACGUUGUGGCUCAACUUUUGGCGCAUGUCCUGCCAAUCCGCAAUUUCUUCCUCCUCCAAAACUUCCCUACACCUGGUACACCGGAAAUCGUUCUGCGCUUCAGCACGCUAGUACGAAAGCUUUGGAACCCCAAAGCGUUCCGGUCGCAUGUAUCUCCACACGAGCUGCUCCAGGAGAUUGCCGUGCGGUCCUCGAAGCGAUUCACACUCACAAAUCAAGCCGACCCAGUGGACUUCUUGUCUUGGUUCUUGAACACCCUCCACCUUGCUCUGGGUGGAUCUAAGAAGCCCACCCCUAACCCCACAAGUGUUGUGCAUGCGGCGUUCCAGGGUCGCGUGCGGAUCGAAAGUCAGGCCAUCACCGCUCAUUCUGAUACCCAGAAUGCCCGUUUGGUGUUUACCGACUCUGGUACCAUCAAAAGUCAGAUCACUCCUUUCAUGAUUCUGACAUUGGAUCUACCUCCUACCCCACUUUUCCAGUCUAUCAACCGAGAGUCUAUCAUUCCGCAGAUUCCCUUGACCACUCUACUGAACAAAUACAACGGCUACACGGCUUCCGAGAAAUUGGAUCAUCGCGUGCGACACCGUCUCCUCCAUCCUCUCCCCCCUUACCUUUUCUUCCACAUUAAGCGUUUCAGCAAGAAUCGCUUCGUCUCUGAGCGAAACCCAACAAUCGUCACUUUCCCUUCACCACAAUCCCUGGACAUGUCUCCGUAUGUUGAGCCAAACCCGGAAGCCUGGUCACCCGGUGAGCCAAUUAUGUACGACCUGGUGGCAAACAUCAUCCUUGACCCAGCUAUUGCCGCACCUGGUGGAAUGGAUGAUGCUGCCGACAAGGGCACAAACGCUGCGUCUGGAGCUGGCGGUUCCUCUACCGGUGCCGGUGGUGGCAGUGAGAAGGUGUCUUGGCUUGUGCAACUUCAUGACAAAGCCAUGUCGGUGGAGAACUCACAGUCAAAGACAACAACAUCCACAGGGCAGCAACAACAGCGCAGUCCGGAGUGGCUCGAGAUUCAAGAUUUGUUUGUCAAGGGCACGGAGACUGAGACUUUGUUCACACGUGAAGGAUACCUCAUGGUUUGGGAACGACGCAAGACCCCUGGGCAGAAAGGAAAGGGUCGUGCAUAG